AUGGUUAAAGAACUUCCAAGAGAAUUGUGGCUCGAAGUAUUUAAACAUUUUAUUGUUAAUUUUGGUUUUGCGGAACUCUACAAGUAUCGUGAAGUUUGUAAAGUUUGGUAUGAACUUAUUAUUGUCAUCGUUAUGGAAAAAUUAAUGAGUAUGUUAACGAGAAUUAAGUAUUAUUACCGAAUUCUCAAAGGUUCAAGUGAAAUGGAAGAAGAAGUAAUAACGACUAAUGCUAGUACUUCUUCGGAAAAUACUAAUGAUACCAUCUCAUAUAAUUAUAAAAUGGAAUCAUUUGAGUAUCAUUUCAUCACAGCAUUAAAAUAUGAACAGGAUAAGGAAGAAAUAUUUAAACAACAAGAAUGUUACAGAAUUUGUAUAAUUUUUCAUCUAGCUUACAAGUUUUUUAAUUUUAAUUUAAUCAAAAAAUUUAGGGAAAAAUUUAUUGUAAAUAACUGGUUUAACAUUGAAGAAAUUAUUGAUCAUGAUUCUAGAUUUAUUCAAAAAAUUAUUAUCAAGGGUAAUAAAUUAUUGCCUUGCAUUGAUCAAAUUCAUGAUUUAAUUGAUGUAUUAAAUAAUCUACCCUAUCAAUAA